UUCAGUCUGAUUUAAGUCUAUCAACGGGAGUAGUGAUUCAAUUAAAAGUCAUGCAAACAUAUUGGAUUCUGGUGCUUUUCUUCCUGCACGUGGAAGGAGACAUCACUAUAUCUACGGAAAAUUGCUUCGAGAAGACUGCUCACUGUGAGAUGACCCGGGAUGAGGACGAUGAGCGGUGUGGCGCCAUUUGUUACCCGAUUGUGAAGCCGUUACUCCGGUACGCUGCCCUAUGCCAGGGGAAGGAUGCAUCCAUCAACGAACUGAAGGACGAAAUCCGAGAGAAAGAUGUUUACAUCGCCCAAUUGGAAGACAAGAUUGAGCUAGCCAAGUCAAUGGAAAUUCAGGCAAUUAAACAGCUGGAGUUUCUCAAAGAACAGACGAAUGCCAGGCAGAAGAGCUCGGAUCAACAGUUGAAGGACAAGGAGACUAUAUUGCAUCUGAAGGAAAUCGAAAUUUUGAAAAUGGAGAAAGAAAUUAAGGAUCGUGAGGCAGAAAUCCAAGACAAGAUCUCAAAAAUGGAAAUUCGGAUUCAAUCAAUAGAGGCUCAACUGCAAUCAAAGAAUAAUUCCCUCAGAGAACUGGAAGAUCAAGCGAAUUCCCUUAAACGAACCGAGGAAAAGCCGAAAAACAUCUCGGAGGCAAAUAGUUGUCUCUCAUUCAACGAUUCCACUGAUAUCCAUUCCAUAGUGUUGCCCGGAAUAGGCCCAUUCCUUGUGCCUUGUAAUUCGAGUGUUUCUGGAUCUGGCUGGACUGUAAUUCAGAGACUAGUCAACUGCCAUGAGAACUUUAAUCGGACUUGGAUCGACUACAAAAUAGGGUUCGGAGACCUGCGGGAGAACUUCUUCCUGGGACUGGAAAAAAUCCAUCUAAUGACCUUGGCCCAGCCUCACGAGUUGUACAUCCAACUAAAAAAUGUUUAUGGGGCAACCGGCUAUGCUCUCUACGAUAAUUUCAAUGUAGGCAGCGAAGAGGAAGGCUACAAACUGAAAUCGCUGGGAGAAUGUUCAGGAACAGCCGGGGAUUCACUAACUGAAUAUCAUCUGAACAUGAAAUUUUCCACAUUGGACCGCGACAAUGACAGUGAUGGGAUACGUAAUUGCGCAAAGAUUCUGGGAGGUGGAUGGUGGUUUUCUGUAAAAUGCGGACAAAGUUUCCUCAAUGGAAAAUAUUAUAAAUGUGAUAAAACUGACGACGGAAAACAUGGCGGCGCUGUUUGGGCCACUUGGCAGAACUAUGAAUUCACGACCGGGCUUACAUUUACUCAAAUGAUGAUAAGGCCCAAAACAUAGAAAUUUGAUUGGAAACACGCACCAGGAUUUUGAAGAAGUUGAACAAAAACUUCAGUUAUUCAUAGCUGUAAUUGUAUAUUUAUCUUAAACAGUAUUCUUACAUGUACAUAUCUAAAUCUGUAUCUGUAUGGUUUUCUAGAUAGAUUUAUCGCGCUCUGUAUCUCUAUUUUUAUACCUAGCUCAAAUUCUAAAUGUGUGUAAAUAAAUCUAUUAUUUAUAAAAAUAAUAAUAAUAAUAAAAGUU